AUGACCCAUUCCACGGACCCAGUCCCUUGGUUCACAGACCAGGUGGUCUUUCUCACAGGAGCUACAGGGAAUCUAGGGGGAUGCCUGAUGUACAAGCUGGCUCUUAAACUACCUACAGCGAAGAUCUAUGUUCUUUGUCGUGGGUCGAUUCGUCGGGCAAUGGAGAAAUGGGAGGACUCUAUGCCAGAGCAAAUCGAGGAAAUACUCGACAGUGGGAAAAUACGCUGUCUGACGGGCGACAUCACGCAUCCGAAUAUGGGCUUAGGUGAAAGCGAGCUGGAAAUAUUGCAGAACGAAGUUACAGUAGUAAUCCAUUGCGCCGCGACCUUCUCGCUGUUUCAACCACUCCCCGAAUCCAUUCGAGACAACAGUGUCCCGGUCAUUGAAUUGAGUCGCAUGCUGUUAUCUUUUCGCAAGAUCAAAAUACUGCUGCACAUAUCGACGAUAUCCAGCAGGAGCUUUCUUCCCGGAGGCACAAUCCUGGAAAAUGCCGAAAAGAUAUCACCCUCCGAAGACUCUCCUGAAAGACAGCUGUUAGAAAUAUCGUCUACAGGCAGAUCUCAAUACACCGAUCGAUUCAUCGCGCCAUAUGGCCAAUCGAAAUAUCUGGCUGAACAGUUCCUCUUGGAAUCAACUUUACCGUUCCCAGUUCUGAUUGUGCGUCCUUCCAAUAUCGGCCCAGCUGUCCAAGACCCUUAUCCACUUUAUGGACCUGAGGGUGCCAUUCCUCUUCAUACGUUUAUGCAACUGCUCUUCGAGGCAAAUGAGACUCGCACAAUGGAACAGCUUGGUGCCACUAUUCCUCGGCACCUCUUGAUCGAAGAAAUCCCCGUGGACCUCGUGGCCAACACUUGCCUUCUACAUCUUGCUUCUGGUUCGGUCGGGGUUGUGCACGCCGGAUCGGAACUUUACGUACCUAUCACCUUUGGGGAAUGCGUGGACCGAAUACGCCUACAUGCACCACGGUCAUUGAUGGAGAGAGCCGGUAGAGUCAGGGUGAAGAUGCAUUCCCAUUUUGCUGAAAAAACGGCUGAUAUGCUUGAACACCUUUGUCGGGACUGGCGGUUGGAUUGCCAACGCUCAAGGCGUUUCACAACAGCAAAGGGGCCAAUUGGACUAGACAUAUCUGAACAUGACUUUGAUUCCUUUUUCCGGGUGAGAAUUCUUCAAAGGGCUCGAAACAUGACGUCGUGGAUAGACAGCUUUGAUCCCAUGUAA